CCAUCCAACCGCGCUCCUCUUCCUCCUCAGCCGCUGGAUGCUGCGUCAGGAGGAGCGAGGCUCCGUCUGGAUGGAGACCAACUGAGGACCCACCAGGGCCGGCGAGAAGGGGCGGUCAGACGGGGGGUACCAACGGCACAAAGCUCCUCCACCGUCUAAAGAUUACCUGCCUCUCUGCCUCACCCGCUGCUGGAACAGGGUGUCUCUUGGGAAUUGAGUGCAACAUGCACACUCCCAAAAGUGUCUAGCGAGCGUCGGACUUGGCUGCAGAAGAUGGACGUGGUGGGAGCAGAGCGUCGCAGGCCCACCCCGGCGCAGACUCCCGAGGAGAGGGACGUGUGGAAGGAUGGAGGGAGAGCCGGAUGGAGGGAUGCAGGCAGAGAGGGAUGGAGGGACAGACGAGAGAGCGGAGUGGUGCAGAGCUAUAGUUUUGACUCCUACCAGCUUGAGGAGGAAGAGAUCAGCAAAGGCAUCCCGGAGAGAGGAGUUCUGGCGCUGUCUGAGCCUGACUUUGAGGAGCCGAUCCCUGACGACCGUUACCAUGGCAUCUACUUUGCAAUGCUAUUGGCUGGAGUGGGGUUCCUGCUGCCCUACAACAGCUUCAUCACAGAUGUGGACUACCUUCACCACAAGUUCAGAGGGACGUCCAUCGUGUUUGACAUGAGUCUAACGUACAUCCUGGUGGCUCUUUUGGCCGUCCUCCUCAACAAUGUGCUGGUGGAGAGGCUCAGUAUGCACACCAGAAUCACUGUGGGCUACAUUUUAGCUUUGGGUCCUCUGGUGUUUGUCAGCGUAUUUGAUGUCUGGUUGGCAAAAUUUACUACCGGUCAAGCCUAUAUCAUCAACCUGGUUUCGGUGGGGGUAGUUGCCUUUGGAUGUACAGUGCAGCAGUCCAGUUUCUAUGGUUACAUGGGGAUGCUGCCCAAGAGGUACACACAAGGGGUGAUGACUGGAGAGAGCACUGCCGGGGUCAUCAUCUCCUUUUCGCGCAUCUUCACCAAGCUGCUGAUCCCAGACGAGAGCAGGAACACGCUCAUCUUCUUCCUCAUCUCCAUCGGCAUGGAAAUGAUGUGCUUCCUUCUUCACCUGCUGGUGCGCCGCUCCCGGUUCAUCCGCUACUACACCAGCCACACCCAGGGAAAAGUUCCGGGCAAAGGCCACGACCCCCACGGCAACUCCACCGGCUACAGGGUUCAUCAUGACGUCACUGCGGAGGAGGUUAAAUUUGGGAAUGGUGGAAUGGGGCCGCCUACAGCAGAAGAUGGCGUUGAAGACUUUGUCAGUGGGACAUAUGUCCGAUUUGAUGCCCCAAAAAGCAAGAUCAGAAGAACCUGGCCUGGUGUCCGUGACAUGAUUUUGCAUCGUUACGUGGUGUCCCGGGUGAUUUGGGCCUACAUGGUGUCCAUAGCGGUGACCUAUAGCAUCACCCUCUGCCUGUUCCCCGGCCUGGAGUCAGAGAUGAGGAACCGCACCUUAGGGGAGUGGCUGCCCAUCCUCAUCAUGGCCACCUUCAACAUGUCAGACUUUGUUGGCAAGAUCCUGGCAGCGCUGCCCUACGACUGGUCUGGAGGCCGCUUGCUCUUCUUCUCCUGCCUGAGAGUUGUCUUCAUCCCUCUCUUCAUCAUGUGCGUGUACCCGGCACACGCGCCCACCCUGGCCCACCCCGCCUGGCCGUGUCUCUUCUCCCUGCUCAUGGGCGUCACCAACGGCUACUUUGGGUCCGUGCCCAUGAUUCAGGCAGCUGGAAAAGUGGCACCGGAACAGAGGGAGCUGGCAGGCAACGUGAUGACGGUGUCCUACAUGACAGGCUUGAUGGUGGGCUCUGUUGUGGCGUACGCAGCUUACAGCUUCGCCGCUCCUCCACAGUCAGGCUUCUUCACGCACAACUUACAUGCCAACACUACCGGCUUUUGAAUGUCUUCACAAGGUAAAUAUGCGACACAAGCAGCGGGAAAAGGUGGCGCGCUCCCAUUUUAAGGAACCGAUGUAGCAUUACAUACAGUAUCGUUCUAUUCUCCAGCCAGGAUGUUGAUGGGAACUUUUUCACGAACUCUUCAGUGGUUGUCCUUUGGAGUGUUUCGCUGUGAAAUUAGUUUCUGCAUACUGUUGUGCAAAUGGCAUUCAUUCACUACUAUGUCACUUUUUGUGUAGCUGGAGAAGGUUAGUGCCCACGGUCCCUGAAUGCACCAUUAAAAACAACAACUGAAAUCAAUAAGGUAAAACUAUGCUGUGUUGGUCACAGAGGGGAAACAAUUAAAUAGCUAAGAGUUGAAGAUGAAUCUUAAAAUGCUGUUUGGAUGAAAUCUGGACAUUACAGAGCACAAACUGACAUUUGCUCCCCACCACCCCACCCCCGCGAAAAAAAACUAAUGACAACUUUGUUUUUUCGGUCAGUUUGUCUUAACUUGGUAUUUUUUAAGUAGGAGGCUGACCAAAUUUAAAUUCAACUACAUACAAUAAUGUUGGAGUAGUACGGUGGGCAACUGGUUAGCACACCUGCCUCGCAGUUCUGAAGUCUGAGGUUUGAAUCUAGGCUUCGGCCGUCCUGUGUGGAGUUUGCACGUUCUCCCCGUGCUCGCGUAGGUUUUCUACGGGUACUUCCGCUUGCUUCCACAUUCCAAAAACAUGCACAUCAGCUCAUUGAGGAUUGUACAAUUGUCCAUAGGUGUGAAUUUGAGCGUGAAUGAUUGUCUGUCUACUGUAUAUGUGCCCUGCGAUUGGCAUGGCGACCAGUUCAGGGUGUACUCCGCCUCUUGCCCAAAGUCAAUUGGGAAAGGCUCCGGCUCACCCACGACCUUAAUGAAAUUAGUGGCAUACAAAGUGGAUCAACAUUGACCAUAUACUGUAAAUUCUUCAUAAAGCAGUAUUGAUCAUCUUUGACCGACCGUGUUCUUCGUGUAUUGAGUGUCGUGUUUUUUCUUUUGUUAUUGUUUAAUUUUUGUUUUUGUUUUUUUUAGCUUAAAUGCUCUCCAUUUGAGUGCAACCUCCGAAGUCGAACACCCCAAAUGUAGUACAAUUUGGGAGUCAACCAAAAUGUUCUGGUUUUCAAACUUGGAGUUUAAACCGAUGAUUUGUAACGUCAAGGCUGACUCGCAGAAGGAUUAACAUGAAAUUGUUUUGAUUCUUCUUUGACUUGUGUGUAUAUUUUUGUGAUCCCACCAUAGAGGAAAACCAAUGAUGGCAAAGAGGAAAAGUGAGAUGACAAUAGAAUCGCAAAUAGAAGUGUCUGUCUAGUGCUAAGUACAAUAGUCCAUUAAUUUGACCAAGCGAUAGUAACGUAUACACACUUAUUGUGCACUACAGUCUGCGUAAUAAUUCUGACCAGACUUAUAAAAUGCCACUAGGUGACAGUAUUGCUCUGAAGAUCACUGUUCGCUCUCCAUUAAGUGUCAAAGAGUGAGUGGUUUUAUUUAGCUUUUAUCACACAGUGGUUAACUUCUCUUUAUUUUUGACCAUUAGGAAUGCUAAGGUUUUACUUAAAAUAUUGCUUGUGCAGUUAAUAUACGUACAUGUUCUAAAUUAAGGGUCACCAACAUGGAGCACAUACUGUAAAAUGCCUACAGGCCUGUUCUUGAAAAUAGCUCACCAGUGAUGGGACAUUGUGAUUUUCUAGGAUUGUUGUAGAAGUGAUCAAUUGGAAAUAUAAAUGCAGAGAUUUACAGAAAUACUGUGAAGUGUUGCAUAAUGAUAUUUAUCUGUUUCCUAGCUUAAAUCAUUGUUGAUGAUUAUUGUGAGAAAUCAUUAACAUAAUCAGUCUUCACAGACAGUAGAUAAAUAUCUUUAAUUAUUAAUAGUAACAUCAAGGUCAUUUGAUCAUGUGUUAUUUCAGAAGUGUCUAUCAAACUGGUAACCCUUCCGAUUAAUCAGUAUUAAAUAAAUAGCUCCCAUCCUCAAAAGAGUUGGUGACCCCUGUUGUGAAGAUUGAAAAAAAUGUGUUCACUAUAUUAUUGGAAAAUUUGUUUCGAAAUCAAUCAGCACUACAGAACGAUUGUGUUCCACUUUGGAGGUUCUUCUGGAUCAAUGUUGCAUUAUGAGGGGUAAAAACAAUGAGUGCCAAAAACAUCUACAAGAAAUGUUAUUAACUGAGAAAAGAGUGAAUGUAAAAACAACAGUGUCACUGUCAGCAAGGAGAUGUUGACAUGUCAGGGGUAACGAUAUUAUUGUUAGUUUAUUUCUGUAUGUCUUAUAAAGAUGCAGCCCCUUUCUUGUGUUUCGUGAGGAUUAUUUUUUUAAAUAAUCUUGUGGAUCAGUGGGACUAAUGUGGAGUUGAGAGUUUAUACGUUACAAUGGAAAGUGCAGGCCUCAAGUGCACUGCAUCAUGUGGAGGACAGCCUGAGUUGGACUUGUUAGAACCAAAAUUAUUUUUGUCCCACUGUCCUAAUGGCCUCUUACUUGUCAUCAAUGUAGAAAAAAUACAUUGCUGUCGUUUGGCCAGGUUCUGAUCAGAACUGAUUGUCACUGUUUAGUCAAUUUUAACCAAAUCUCAGUAAGGGAAGGCGCAAACUCUGACGCAACCCUUAGGGGUGUGGCUUUAAAUGGACUCUACGAAUGAUCGUACCCACUCAUAACCAAUUUGCAAAGUUAAUAAAAUAUCUUUCAUUCAAUUAAGGAACAUUACAAACGAUAUAUUGCUAAAUCAAUUUUUCCCUUGUCUGGUUUCCUUUCAAUUGCAGUUAUUUUAUUGUCUUAUUCAAGCUGUGUUGAUUUAAUUAUGUGUUUUGUUUUCUCUUGGAAGCAGUUUUGCGUAUUUGUGGAAUAUAUGUCUUUGUGCGUGGAACGAUGACAAGCAGUGCACUUUGUAUGUCGGCAAAGCUCUACGGCUGACAGGCAUUUACUAGGAAUGAGCAUACAAGAAAGUAAGAUAUUAAAUCUGUUAUCAAAAUUG